CUUUCGGUCUUCAUCGCGUUCCUGUAAAAUUGUCGAUCAGAUUUCAGUUGGCGAACCUUCUCUGGGUCGUACUGAAAAGAUCCUAGGUUCCUGAUCCGCGCCGUUAUAAUUCGCUUUCCGAUGUUGCAGAACUGUGCGGAACAUGAGCGCCCCUCGGCCGAGCGGGAGUCGCGUCUCGCAGACGAGCCAACCUGCAUCCGUGGCACUGGGAGCCAGUGCCAGUGGCGCAGCGAUCCUAUUACCGCCGAACCUGCAACCACCGGGGGCGCGGGGGUCUUCCUCGACGGGCAUGGCAGCGCGCGCAUCCGCAACUACCUCCAGGUCUCCCUCCGCGCUCUCGGCCGCCGUCUGCGCCGUCCGCGAUCCCCACCAGCGCCCGGCCAGCCUCUUCCACGUCCCGCCGGGCUUCCAGGCGCUCCUGCAGCAUCUCAGCCACGAGCUCUUUGCUGCUAGGCCGCCGGAUCCUUAUGUCUUCGUCCAGGACUAUCUCGCCGUCAAACUCGACGAGCGCCAGAAAGGUUUGUUGGAUAAGAAUUUCCUGGCGAAGGAUAAUCUGAGUGCACCCAACAAGCGGCCCAAAUUCUACAUCGAACAGACGUCCCUGCACGAUCUGGUCUGUCCCAGCACCACGGCCUUCGAGGAAGUGGCUAAGGAAGCCGUCACCACGAUGAAUGCAGCCACUCGCGGCGUGCGGGAUCGUGUAGAAGUGCGGGAAAUCCGCCGCGAUGACCAGCGCAAAUGGCAGCGUAUGCAACAUCAGCCGCCCAAAGGCGCCGGCCGGCGUUCCUCUGUGUCGCAGCAUCAGUCGCUAGCGCCGCCCGUUAAUUAGUAAAAAGUUCUUAUUUAUUCUUGGAUUUUUCUUUAACAUCCGCUUUCGACGCCGGUUCCGCCGCCGCCGCCAGCAGCGACGCAUACACCGGCAUUGGCUGGAUGGCGCGCAGCCGCUCCCGUUCGGCCUCCUCCGCCGCCUGGACCGCCGCCUGCAGGGGGUUGGGCUGGUGCUGUAGCGCCGCUAGGGUGCAGUCUUCGCGCAACACACCGUUGAGGAAAUUCAUGCGACUGCUGAAAGCGCCGGUGGACUGUAGUAAAGAGAGGGCGUGGCUGUGGGUUUCAUUGCGGACUAGCGGAACGAUUAACUGACGGAACGGGGGGACAGUUAUGGGCGUGUCCUGUCAAAUACAAAUUCUGCGAUUUAUGUCACCAAAAUAUAUUAAAACUUGUACUUGGAAG